AUGGCAAAGACAAAGAGGUAUACUUCAUGUUUUCUAUGUGUUUUUCUGUCAAUUGCAGCAACUUUGGCUGCCCUGCUCGAGGUUGAGGCAGCAGCACCAGCUGUGUACAUAUUCGGGGACUCAACUCUUGAUGUUGGAACUAAUGACUUCAUACCUGAGUGCCUAGCAAGGGCAGAUGUCUAUUUCAAUGGUAUCGAUUUCCCUUACUCAGAGCCAACGGGGAGGUUCAGCAACGGCCUUAACACUGCUGAUGAAAUAGUGAGACUGUUGGGUAUGGAGAGGAGUCCACCACCUUUUCUCUACCUUCUCAACAAUCCGCCAACUUUCAAGCGGAAUAUACUCCUAGGCGCCAACUUUGCCUCUGGUGGAUCCGGAAUUUUGAACACUACCGGACAGCAUCAAUACAACAGGGUCAUAUCCUUGGAGGAGCAGAUCCAACAGUUUUCAACCAUUCGUUCAAAUAUCACAAAUAUGACGGGUAGUGAUGCAGUAACUGAUAGCAUACUUUCGAAGGCUUUCUUUCUUAUCAGCAUUGGAAGCAAUGACAUCUUUGAAUAUCUGCUUAACCUCAUCACACGACCAAUGUCCAUGCCGGAGUUUAAUGCCACCCUGAUAUCCACAUAUGAAAACCAUUUAAAGACUCUAUAUGACCUUGGAGGUCGAACGUUUGGCAUUUUAUCUGUUCCACCAGUUGGGUGCACCCCAUUUUCUCGAGCUGUUUUCACUAGUAAUAAUAGCUGUUUUCCGCGGGCUGAGCGGUUUGCACGAAAGUUCCAUGUAGAGGUUGCGGCUUUAUUAAAAAAGUUUAGCUCCGAAGUCCAAGAUAUAAGGUAUUCGGUGGGGAAUACACAUCGGAUAACCACUACUAUGAUGGAAGACAUGUUGGCCUUUGGUUUCAGGAACAUUUCAGGAGCUUGCUGUGGAAAUGGAACUUACCCAUGCAAUCAAACGGCCAGCUUUUGUGCAAAUCGCGACCACUACUUAUUUUGGGACCGGUUUCAUCCAUCACAGAGAGCCUCCAAGAUCGCAGCCCUAACACUAUUUGGUGCAUCAGAAUCACUUGUUUCUCCCAUGAAUUUCAGUCAGUUAUUGGGGGUUAACAUUUAGGAGC